CACCUCUCAAGGACAGGAGCAUACCAUCGAAGACCUACAAAGUCACAACCACUCCUUACCGUUCCCGAUAUAUGCUUAUAAGUGUGUAUGAAUGCUCAUCUGAAAUUCUGUCCUCAUCCCCAAACCAGCAUGCGGCUCCUCAACACCACAACUCUUCUCCUUGAAGAAUUCAUCGGCGACAACAUCCCCGGCUACGCAAUCCUCUCUCAUCGCUGGGAGAAUGAAGAAGUCACAUUCCAAGACUUACGCGAAGGUCGUGGUCCAAACAUGCCAGGCUACUCCAAGAUCACAGGUUGCUGUCGGCAGGCGAGGCUAGAUGGUUGGAAAUAUGCCUGGGUGGAUUCAUGCUGCAUCGAUAAAACGAGUAGUGCAGAACUAUCAGAAGCGAUCAACUCGAUGUUUAAGUGGUACAAGGACUCGCAGGUCUGCUAUGUUUAUCUGUCUGAUGUGAAGUGCCGAUCGGGCUUUGGGAGAAGUCAGUGGUUCACUCGAGGCUGGACAUUGCAAGAAUUGCUGGCUCCGGAGUUUUUGAUAUUUUUCGACAAGAAUUGGAAGGAUAUCGACACGAAGCUGCGAUUACUGGGAGAACUUAGUUCCAUCACUGGAAUCUCAACCCAAUAUUUGGCUGAUCCUGAAGGAGCAUCGGUUGCACAGAUCAUGUCCUGGGCUUCUGCGAGGCACACUACUCGUAUCGAAGACCAGGCGUAUUGCCUGAUGGGUCUUUUUGGUAUCCACAUGCGACCUCUCUACGGCGAAGGAAAUAAAGCCUUCCUUAGGCUUCAGCUUGAGAUACUUCGCACAUCUGAUGAUGAAACGAUCUUUGCCUGGAGGUCAGAGAUAGAAGGAGAGAAGACUGGUGGCCUGUUGGCAAAAUCCGCGGCAAGUUUCAAACAAUCUUCGAACAUUAUCAGGUGUAAAAGAAUUUCCCGCGACGGGCCAUCGUAUGGGAUGACGAAUAAAGGCCUUCGAAUACAGGGUCCCUUUCUCCCUACAAGUGAGAAAUACCAGGUAGGGCAUUCGAGGAUAUAUCUCAUGCCCGUCAAUUGUACGAGAGUUGGAAGCACUUCUCAGCUGCUUGUGUUGUAUGUUGUAGACUUGGGUGACCACUCCAUAAGGAUUACAGACCGAGACUUGCUGUACUUGUGUGAAGAUGAAUGGCGGCCACCCAAUCUUCGCAAUGAAGAAGCGUACUUUCGACAAAGAUCGGAGGAGUAUGAUCACAAGGUUAUUUAUAUCACGGUGAACUUGAUAUCUCAACCGGAAUAUCGUAUUAAAGGUAUGGCCACGAUUGUCCAUGGCGAAAGGUCCUGGCGUACAUACAAAGAUCCUAUAAGCACAAUCAGCUUUAAGUCCAAUUGCUACGGGAGCGUGGCUGUAGCAUUUAGAGGAGAAUUUGUUGCUAGUUUUGUUCUUGUGUUAGUCUUCACUCAUCAAUCACCAUUGGUUGAGAUGAUUUGUCCUGAGGAUGGUUUGCCGGCAGUAGGGAGAGAAUGGGAAUACUCCGAGCACGAGCGAAGUUUGGAUCGGGUAUCUCGACUUUUGAGUUCGGGAGCUUCGGUGUCGUACCAGAUGAGAAGACGUCGAGGAGUGCAGCAGUCACUAUUUCACAGAACCAAGGAGUAUGUGAUCGACGUGUCUAUUGAUCCGCAAGGGUCACUACCUUGGCCACAACCACGACUACCCUGGGCAAAUACUCCUUUAGAAAUACGCGGCAGUUCGGUAGAUUUGGACAUCCAGAGCAUAUUGAAAGGUGUAGAUCCGUGGAAAGGUAGAAGAUUUUCUAUGUAGCUGAACUACCCGCGAUGAUUUGAAGAUGGAAUAAAUUCAAUAUCUUUUUAUACCCUUGGAAGGUGUCGAUAUACUUUCCACACUUCCUCGUCACUAGAAAACCCUUGCUCCACUUGCACGACUUCCGAAGAACUCUUUUCCCACCAUUCACUUCGUUUCCUACAGACCUUGACCCACGAUUCCAAACGACAAGUCUUGCCGCAUUCAAGCAUAAAUAUCGCUCCCCUCCCCCUCUCACAUCAAACAAGCAGCCACGGCACAAAACGUCUAUUUCCAUUCAUAAAUCGCACACAGAUUUGAUAUUACGUGCCAUUUCAUGUUCUCAGGCUGUUUUUAUCCUCUACCAUCCCCAGUCAGAAGAUCAAAUGAAGUUGACAGUGUACUUAAGAUUAUUGGCAGCGACUGUCCACUUGAU